AUGGGGCUGUGUAACAGCUUUGUCUAUCUGUCCAUGUCCUGCUCUUUUGACCAUGAUGAUAUGGCUUUGAGGCACACAGCCCAGUUCCUGGAGAAGUCCUAUGAGGCGAGGAAGCAUGCAGAGAGAUUUCUGUCAUGCCAGAAAACAAAAGGGGUGGAGGGAGGGAUUGUCAUGCAGGACAUCAAGAAGCCAGAGCAGGAUGAGUGGGCAAACAGCCUGGAGGCCCUGCAGUGUGUCCUGAAACCGGUGAACUCUUUUGGACUGGGGAUGUAA